CCUCAUGGACCUGGAGGAGUUCAUUGGAGAUGCCAAAACCGGCUUGAGUAAACCUCUGGAGGAGGGAGACUAUGACGGGCUGGUGGCAGUGAUGGGACACCUGAUGAGGGUCAAGGAGAGGCAAGCGACGACCGACACCAUGUUUCAGCCCCUGAAGGAGGUGAUUGAUCUGCUCAGCACUUACGGAGUGGAGAUGUCGGAGAAGGUCCAUCUGCAGCUCCAAGAGCUCCCUGAGCAGUGGGACAGCACCAAGAGGCUCUGCCUGCAGGUGAAGCAGAAGGCAGCACCACUGCAAGCCAACGAGGUCAACAUCAUCCGCAGGAAAUGCCAGCAGUUUGAGGUCCAGCAGCGCAUCUUCCAGGAGAAGUUCCGGGAAGGUGCUCCUUUCUUGUUCACUCACAAAGAACCCUACGUGGCCUUGAACACGCAACAGGAGCUGAUCGCCGCCAUGGAGGGUGACCUGGCUGCCCUGUCUGAGUCAGCCGGGCUGUUCGAAGUGCUGGUCCCAGAGUACAAACAGCUCAAAGCGUGCCAGCGGGAGGUGCGCCUGCUCAAGCAGCUCUGGGACAUGAUCGUCAUGGUUAACACCAAUAUUGACGACUGGAAGACCACCAGGUGGAAGGAUAUUGACGUUGAGCAGAUGGAUAUCGACUGCAAGAAAUUUGCUAAAGACAUUAGGAGCUUGGAUAAGGAGACGAGAAGCUGGGAUGCAUUCAUAGGGCUGGACAACACUGUGAAGAACAUGAUAACGUCUCUGCGCGCCAUGAGCGAGCUGCAGAACCCGGCCAUCAGGGACCGGCACUGGCAGGAACUCAUGCAGGCAACCCAGGUGAACUUCACCAUGUCUGAGGACACAACCCUGGCGGAUCUGCUGCAGCUGAACCUGCACAACUUUGAGGAUGAGGUUCAUGGCAUUGUGGACAAAGCCAUAAAGGAGUUAGGAAUGGAGAAGGUGCUGAGCAGCCUGGAUGCUACCUGGGCGACAAUGGAGUUUGAGCAUGAGCCCCACCCCAGGACAGGCAUCAUGCUGCUCAAGUCGGAUGAGGAGCUCAUUGAGACACUGGAAGACAACCAAGUGCAGCUGCAGAACCUGAUGACCUCCAAGUACCUCGCCUUCUUCCUUCAGGAGGUGUCAUCCUGGCAGUACAAGCUGUCAACCGCUGACGCUGUUAUCAGCAUCUUGUUUGAGGUGCAGAGGACAUGGAGUCACCUGGAAAGCAUCUUCAUUGGCUCCGAAGACAUCCGCAGGCAGCUGCCAGAGGACUCGAAGCAUUUUGAAGCUAUUGAUAAGGAUUUCAAAGAAAUAAUGGCUGAUGCAGUAAAAACUCCCAAUGUGAUUGAAGCUACAAACAAGAGUGGUCUCUAUGAGAAGCUGGAAGACUUGCAGAACAGAUUGGUGGUCUGUGAGAAGGCUUUGGCUGAAUACCUUGAGACGAAAAGACUGGUUUUUCCCAGAUUCUACUUUAUUUCCUCUGCAGACCUGCUUGAUAUUUUAUCUAACGGGAACGAGCCAGUUGAAGUGUCCCGUCACCUCGCAAAGUUGUUUGACAGCCUGGAUAAGCUGAAGUUCAAGAAGGAUGCGGAUAAAAAGCCCAUGAAGGUUGCACUGGGGAUGUUCAGUCUGGAUGAGGAGUACGUGACUUUUGACGCACCCUGCAACUUGUCUGGCCAGGUGGAGGUUUGGCUGAACCGAGUGUUGGCCAGCAUGCGCUCCACGCUGCGGUCCCUCAUCUUUGAGGCCAUGGUCACCUAUGAGGAGAAGCCACGGGAGCAGUGGGCUUUCGACUACCCAGCACAGGUUGCUCUGACAUGCACCCAGAUCUGGUGGACCACAGAAGUUGGCAUGGCCUUUUCGAGGCUGGAGGAAGGCUAUGAGAACGCCAUGAAGGAUUACAACAAAAAGCAGAUUGCUCAGCUAAAUGCUCUGAUUUCACUACUCAUUGGACAACUCAAUCCUGGAGAAAGGAUGAAGAUCAUGACAAUCUGCACCAUUGAUGUCCACGCCAGGGAUGUUGUAGCCAAAAUGAUCCAGGCGAAGGUGGAGAGCGCUCAGGAGUUCACGUGGCAGUCACAGCUCCGGCACCGCUGGGACACCAGGAUGAAGCACUGCUAUGUCAACAUCUGCGAUGCGCAGCUCCAGUACUCAUAUGAGUACCUGGGGAACACACCUCGCCUGGUCAUCACACCACUGACGGACAGGUGCUACAUCACCCUCACACAGUCCCUGCACCUUUACAUGGGGGGAGCCCCUGCUGGGCCCGCAGGCACCGGGAAGACAGAGACCACCAAGGACCUGGGCCGGGCUGUGGGCAUGAUGGUUUACGUCUUCAACUGCUCCGAGCAGAUGGACUACAAGUCCUGUGGCAAUAUCUACAAAGGCCUGGCUCAGACCGGCGCCUGGGGCUGCUUCGAUGAGUUCAACCGCAUUGCAGUGGAGGUGUUGUCCGUGAUCGCUGUGCAGGUGAAGUCUAUUCAAGAUGCAAUUCGUGCCAAGAAGAAAACCUUCAAUUUCCUUGGAGAGACAAUCAACCUGGUCCCAUCAGUUGGGCUCUUCAUCACCAUGAACCCUGGCUAUGCAGGACGCACAGAACUUCCUGAAAAUUUAAAAGCUCUGUUCAGGCCCUGCGCCAUGGUGGUCCCCGAUUUUGAGCUGAUAUGUGAAAUCAUGCUUGUAGCAGAAGGUUUUAUGGAUGCAAAGCUCCUAGCAAGAAAGUUCAUUACUCUGUACUCACUCUGCAAAGAGCUUCUGUCUAAACAGGACCACUAUGACUGGGGACUGCGGGCUAUCAAGUCCGUGCUGGUGGUCGCAGGCUCCUUGAAGAGACAGGACCCGAACUCUGCUGAGGACCAAGUUCUGAUGAGAGCUUUAAGAGACUUCAACAUCCCCAAGAUUGUGACAGAUGACUUGCCCGUCUUCAUGGGGCUGAUCGGAGACCUGUUCCCAGCCCUGGAUGUUCCCAGGAAGCGAGACCUCCAACUUGAGAAGAUCAUUAAGCAGUCUGUGCUGGAGCUGAAGCUGCAGGCAGAGGAGAGCUUUGUGCUGAAGGUGGUGCAGCUGCAGGAGCUGCUGCAAGUGAGACACUCGGUCUUUGUCAUCGGCAACGCUGGCUGUGGCAAGUCCCAGGUGCUGCGGUCGCUCAACAAGACAUACAAAAACAUGAAGCUGAAGCCAGUCACUGUGGACCUCGACCCCAAGGCUGUGACCCGCGAUGAGCUGUUCGGCAUUAUUCACCCAUCCACGCGGCAGUGGAAGGACGGUCUAUUUUCUACAGCAAUGCGUGACCUGGCCAACAUCACACAUAAAGGCCCCAAGUGGAUCAUCCUUGAUGGAGAUAUUGACCCCAUGUGGAUUGAGUCCCUGAACACGGUCAUGGAUGACAAUAAGGUUCUCACCUUGGCCAGCAAUGAGCGCAUCCCUCUCAACCCCACCAUGCGGCUCCUCUUCGAGAUCAGCCACCUGCGGACUGCCACACCAGCCACCGUGUCCCGGGCAGGAAUCCUCUACAUCAACCCUGCUGACCUGGGCUGGAGCCCCAUUGUGACCAGCUGGAUUGAGACGAGGACAGUGCAGUCCGAGAAGGCCAGUCUGACAAUCCUCUUUGACAAGUACCUGCCGGUGUGCCUAGAGAAGCACAAGACUGGAUUCAAGAAGAUCACCCCUAUCCCCGAGGUCACGCUGAUACAGACGGUGCUGUGUCUGCUCGAGUGCCUCCUGACACCACGGAACGUACCGCCUGACUCAUCCCGGGACCUCUAUGAGCUCUACUUCGUCUUUGCCUGUACCUGGGCCUUUGGUGGGGCCCUGUUCCAGGACCAGCUCAUGGAUUACCGCCUGGAGUUCAGCAAGUGGUGGCUGAAUGAAUUCAAAACCAUCAAGUUUCCUUCCCAGGGGACAAUUUUUGACUACUUCAUUGAUCCGGAAUCAAAGAGAUUCACACUCUGGUCUGAAAAAGUGCCAGAAUUCAACCUCAACCCCGAAGUCCCCUUGCAGGCCUCCCUGGUGCACACCUCCGAGACCAUCCGCCUGCGCUUCUUCAUGGACCUGCUGAUGGACAAGAAGAAGCCGGUGAUGCUGGUGGGCAAUGCGGGGACAGGGAAGUCAGUCCUGAUGCGGGACAAGCUCGAGACGCUCAGCACAGAUGAAUACCUCGUGCAGUUUGUGCCCUUUAACUUCUACACCACCUCAGCCAUGCUGCAGGCUGUCCUUGAGAAGCCCUUGGAGAAGAAAUCCGGGAGGAAGUACGGCCCGCCCGGGAGCAAGAGGCUCAUCUACUUCAUUGACGACAUGAACAUGCCGGAGGUGGACAAGUACGGCACUGUGGCACCGCACACACUCAUCCGGCAGCACAUGGACCACGGGCAUUGGUACGACAGGAACAAACUGACCUUGAAGGACAUUCACAACUGUCAGUAUGUGGCCUGCAUGAACCCGACUGCAGGAUCCUUCACCAUCGACUCCAGGCUGCAGCGACACUUCUGCGUCUUUGCCGUGAGCUUUCCGGGCCAGGAGGCCCUGCUGAGCGUGUACAGCACCAUCCUCAAGCAGCACCUCGCCCUGCAGAAGAUGCCUGCGGCUGUGCAGAACCUGCAGUCACAGCUGGUCACAGCAGCACUGGCCCUCCACCAGAAAGUCGCCUCCACUUUCUUGCCAACAGCCAUCAAGUUCCACUACCUCUUCAACCUGCGGGACCUCUCCAACAUAUUCCAGGGUUUGUUGUUCUCCACCCCUGAGUGCCUGAAAAGCCCCGUGGAGCUGGUGCGCCUCUGGCUGCACGAAGCCGAGCGGGUGUACGGAGACAAGCUCGUGGAUGAAAAGGACCAAACAACCUUCAGGAAGGUGCUGGGGGACACCUGCAAGAAGUACUUUGAGUCCCACAACUGGCAUUGCCUUUCCCAGAACCUCGGCGAGGAUGUGUUGUUCGCCAAGCCCAACAUCUUCUGCCACUUUGCCCAGGGCAUGGGGGAUCCCAAGUACAUGCCAGUGCCAAGCUGGCCGGUCCUCAGCAAGGUGCUGGGGGAAGCCCUGGACAGCUACAACGAAGUGAACGCGGCCAUGAACCUGGUGCUCUUUGAAGAUGCAGCAUCUCAUAUCUGCAGGAUUAGUCGGAUCUUAGAGUCUCCCUGGGGCAACGCACUACUGGUGGGGGUUGGAGGCAGUGGAAAGCAGAGCCUGGCACGACUGGCAGCUUAUAUGAGCAACCUGAAAGUGUUUCAGAUCAUGCUGAAGAAAGGCUACAGCAUCCAGGACCUGAAGCUGGACCUCGCCGCCCAGUACAUGAAGGCAGCAGUGAAGAACGUCCCCACCGUGUUCCUGAUGACAGACUCCCAAGUUGCUGAAGAAGCAUUCCUGGUCCUAAUCAAUGACUUCCUGGCAUCUGGGGAGGUGCCGGGGCUCUUCCAGGAUGAUGAACUAGAAGACAUUUUCAAUGCCAUGAAACCAGAAGUGAAAUACCUUGGACUGCAAGAUACAAGGGAAAACUGCUGGAAAGUAUUUGUAGAGAAAGCCAGACGUCAGCUGAAGGUCAUCCUCUGCUUCUCCCCGGUGGGCUCAACCCUGCGGGUGCGUGCACGGAGGUUCCCUGCCUUGGUGAACUGCACGGCCAUCGACUGGUUCCACGAGUGGCCAGAGGAUGCGCUCGUGUCCGUCAGCAGCAGGUUCCUGGAAGAGACAAAGGACAUUGAGCCCGAGGUCAAGGUCUCCAUCAGCAAGUUCAUGGCAUAUGUCCACAUAAGUGUUAAGGAGAUAUCCCAGAUCUACCUGGCGGUGGAAAGGCGCUAUAACUACACCACACCAAAGACCUUCCUGGAGCAGAUAAAGCUCUACCAGAACCUGCUGUUGAAAAAGAGGGAAGAGCUCACAGCCAAGAUCGAGAGGCUGGAGAAGGGGCUGACGAAGCUGCAGAGCACAUCGUCACAGGUGGAAGACCUGAAGGCCACUCUGGCGGUCCAGGAGGAAGAGCUGAAGGUGAAGAAUGAGAACACGGAUAAACUGAUCCACGUGGUGGGUGUUGAGACAGAGAAGGUCAGCAAGGAGAAAGCUAUCGCUGAUGCAGAGGAGCUGAAGGUCCAGGCCAUCAACAAGAUGGUGGCUGAGAAGCAACAAGCCUGUGAGACCGACCUGGCAAAGGCAGAGCCGGCGCUCAUAGCUGCCCAGGAGGCCCUCGACACCCUCAACAAAAAUAACCUGACAGAGUUGAAGUCCUUCGGGUCUCCACCCCAAGCAGUGGUGAAUGUGACAGCAGCUGUGAUGGUGCUGACAGCCCCCAAGGGCAUCAUUCCGAGGGACAGGAGCUGGAAGGCAGCAAAAGUUAUGAUGGGAAAAGUAGACACUUUCCUUGAUGCCUUAAAGAAAUAUGACAAGGAGCACAUCCCUGAGUCCUGUCUCAAGGCAUUUAUGCCCUACAAGUCAGACCCCACUUUUGAUCCGGAGUUCAUCAUGUCCAAAUCAACAGCUGCCGCUGGCCUGUGCUCCUGGUGCCUCAACAUCGUCCGCUUCUACGAGGUGUACUGCGAGGUGGAGCCCAAGAGGCAGGCACUGGCGGAAGCCAAUGCUGAGCUGAUGGAGGCACAGGAGAAGCUCACUCACAUCAAGAACAAAGUGGCUGGGCUGAACAACAACCUGGCAGCUCUCACCGCCAAAUUUGAGCAAGCUACAGCUGAAAAACUCAAAUGUCAGCAGGAGGCUGAUGCAACCAACAGAGUCAUCGAGCUGGCAAACAGGCUUGUCAGGGGCCUGGCAUCCGAAAACGUGCGUUGGGCUGAGUCAGUGGAGAUGCUCAGGGAGCAGGAGAGCACCGUGUAUGGGGACGUGCUGCUCAUCUCUGCCUUUGUGUCCUAUGUCGGCUACUUCACCAGGAAGUACAGGGUGCAGCUGCUGGAGCAGCACUGGAUCCCUUUCCUCAGCAGGCUGGAGGUGCCCAUCCCCAUCACGCCAGGGCUGGACCCCCUCAGCCUCCUCACCGACUCUGCUGACAUGGCUGCUUGGAGCAACCAGGGGCUGCCCAGCAACCGCACGUCCACCGAGAAUGCCACCAUCCUCUGCAACACGGAGCGCUGGCCCCUCAUUGUGGAUGCCCAGCUCCAGGGCAUCAAGUGGAUCAAGAACAAAUACGGGCAGGAGCUGCAGGCCAUCCGCCUGGGACAGAAAAAUUACCUGGACAUCAUCGAGCGGGCAGUUUCCGAGGGACAGACGCUGCUGAUCGAAGACAUGGGUGAGACAGUGGAGCCGGUGCUGGAUCAUCUGCUAGGCAGGAACACCACCAAGAAGGGCAGGUACAUCAGAAUAGGAGACAAAGAAGUGGAAUAUGACCCAAGCUUCCGCCUGAUUCUGCACACCAAAUGUUUCAACCCGCACUACAAGCCAGAGGUGCAGGCUCAGUGCACCCUCAUCAACUUCCUGGUGACGCGGGAGGGACUGGAGGACCAGCUUCUGGCUGCUGUGGUGGCCAAGGAGCACCCGCACCUGGAGACCCUGAAGGCAAACCUCACAAAGAGCCAGAACGAGUUCAAGAUCAAGCUGAAGGAGCUGGAGGAUUCGCUGCUUGCCUGUCUCUCUGCUGCUGGGGGGGACUUCCUGGGGGACACGGCACUGGUGGAGAACCUGGAAACCACAAAGCACACGGCCAUGGAAAUAGAGGAAAAGGUCAAAGAAGCAAAAGUCACUGAAACACAAAUAAACGUCGCUAGAGAGCACUACCGUCCGGUGGCCGAGCGAGCAUCGCUGCUGUACUUCAUCCUGAGCGACCUCAACAAGAUCAACCCCAUCUACCAGUUCUCUCUCAAGGCAUUCCAUGGGAUCUUCGAGAAAGCCAUCGAGCGCGCAACCCCCAGCGAUGACGUCCAGGAAAGGGUGAUGAACCUGAUGGACGAGAUCACCUACUCGGUCUAUGUGUAUGCAGCACAGGGGCUCUUUGAGAAAGACAAACUCAUUUUCCUGGCCCAGGUUGCCUUCCAGGUCCUCAUCCUCAAGAAAGAAGUGAACCCUGCAGAGCUGGACUUCCUGCUGCGCUUCCCUUCCAAGGCUGGUGUCACAUCCCCUGUGGACUUCCUGCAGCACCAAAGCUGGGGCGCCAUCAAGGUGCUCUCAGAAAUGGAGGAGUUCAGGAACUUGGACAGUGACAUUGAGGGCUCAGCAAAGCGAUGGAAGAAGUUUGUGGAGUCAGAGGUGCCAGAGAAGGAGGUGUUCCCCAAGGAGUGGAAGAACAAGUCUGCACUGCAGAAGCUGUGCAUGCUGCGGUGCAUGCGGCCAGACAGGAUGACCUACGCCAUCAGGGACUUUGUGGAAGAGAAGAUGGGAAGCAAGUAUGUGGAAGGAAGGAGCAUUGAGCUUGCCAAGGUGUACAAGGAGAGCAGCCCCUCCACACCACUCUUCUUCAUUCUCUCCCCCGGUGUCGACCCCCUGAAAGAUGUGGAGGCCCUGGGCAGAAAACUGAAUUUCACCAUCGAAAACGGGAGGAUCCACAAUGUGUCACUGGGGCAGGGCCAGGAACCAGUGGCAGAAAGAGCCCUGAAGGUGGCAGCUGAGCAGGGGCACUGGGUCAUCCUGCAGAACAUCCACCUGGUGGCCCGGUGGCUGCGCACACUGGAUAAGAUAGUAGAGCAGUACAGCACAGGCAGCCACAACGACUACCGCGUGUUCAUGAGCGCCGAGCCGGCCCCCACCCCCGAGUCCCACAUCAUCCCACAGGGGCUGCUGGAAAACUCCAUCAAGAUCACCAACGAGCCACCGACCGGCAUGUUUGCCAACCUGCACAAGGCCCUCGACCUCUUCACACAGGAUACCUUGGAGAUGUGCAGCAAAGAAAUCGAGUUCAAAUGCAUCUUGUUUGCACUCUGUUACUUCCACGCAGUAGUGGCUGAGCGGCGCAAGUUUGGUGCCCAGGGCUGGAACAGACCUUACCCCUUCAACAAUGGGGACCUGACCAUAUCCAUUAAUGUCCUGUUCAACUACCUGGAGGCCAACCCCAAGGUGCCAUGGGACGAUCUCCGGUACCUCUUUGGUGAAAUCAUGUACGGGGGGCACAUCACGGAUGACUGGGACCGCCGGCUGUGCCGCACGUACCUCAGCGAGUAUAUCCGCGUGGAGAUGCUGGACAGGGAAGUGUACUUGGCUCCAGGGUUUCUGGUCCCUCCCAGCCUGGAUUACAAGGGCUACCAUGCGUACAUCGAUGAGAACCUGCCCCCCGAGAGCCCCUACCUGUAUGGGCUGCACCCCAACGCAGAGAUCGGCUUCCUCACCAUCACCUCUGAGAGGCUCUUCCGCACCGUUCUGGAGAUGCAGCCCAAGGAGCUGGAAGCAGGAGGCGGCGCAGGCAGCUCCCGCGAGGAAAAGGUGAAGUCAGUCAUCGAUGAGAUCAUUGGGCAGCUGCCAGAGCCCUUUGUCAUGGCAGAGCUCAUGGCUAAAGCUGAGGAGAAGACCCCGUAUGUGGUGGUCGCCUUCCAGGAAUGUGAAAGAAUGAACUUCCUGAUGCAUGAGAUCAGGCGCUCACUGAAGGAGCUGGACCUGGGGCUCAAGGGUGAGCUAACGAUCACAGCGGACAUGGAGGACUUGGCAAACGCACUCUUCUACGACACCGUUCCCGAGUCCUGGACCCGCUAUGCCUACCCCUCUCUCCUCAGCUUAGGAGCCUGGUAUGCAGAUAUGCUCCUGCGCAUCAGGGAACUGGAAGUGUGGACAACAGACUUUGUGCUGCCUGCAUCCGUGUGGCUGGCAGGAUUCUUCAACCCCCAGUCCUUCCUCACAGCCAUCAUGCAAUCCAUGGCCAGGAAAAACGAGUGGCCACUGGACAAGAUGUGCCUUGCAGUGGACGUGACCAAGAAAAACCGUGAGGAGAUAACAGCUCCGCCACGAGAAGGCUCCUACGUGCAUGGAUUGUUUAUGGAAGGUGCGCGCUGGGACAUCCCCUCGGGUACGAUCGCAGACUCGAGGCUGAAGGAGCUGACACCCAUGGUGCCCGUCAUGUUCAUCAGAGCCAUCCCUGUGGACCGCAUGGACACCAAGAACAUCUACGAAUGUCCUGUCUAUAAGACGCGAAUGCGAGGUCCCACCUACGUCUGGACCUUCAACCUGAAGACAAAAGAGAAAGCCGCUAAGUGGGUCCUUGCUGGUGUGGCUCUGCUCUUACAGAGCUAAACUGGAAUGACUGUGGGAAAGAGCAAAUCCUUUCACUUGCAAAAAUAACUCAGUGUUGUGUAACUUAGCCUAAGGUUGAUUGUACCCAAAGUAUUUUAGCAAAGUAUCAAUAAAGCCAUGC